UGACAUGGCCGAUAGAGGGAUGGUGGAACCGGCCUAAAAGAGACGGGCCACACCAUGACGACCAACGACCCACGGGGCCUCGGGCACAUUUGGUCCAAGGCAAGGCCUACAUUCAUCCAGCACAGCCUACACGGCCCAGUCUCUCCGGAGACCGGAGCGACGAGUCCGCGAGACCGCCACCGCCACCCAGCAAGCCGAGCGGCGCCAAUUCUGCGCUGCCAUCGUCUUCCUCCGUCACACCCGGCUCGCAAACCCUAGCUCGCCCCGGCCCCACCUCCGGCCCCGUUCGUCGGUGCUAUGUCGAAGCGGCCGAAGCUCGAGGGUUUCAGCAUCCCGCGGCCCACCUCCUACAACUUCGAGCGCUCGCAGUCCGUGCAGCGGCUCUACCGUCCGACCGAUGACCCAGACCUCGACGACAUCGCCUUCUCCGACGACGCCCCCUCAGAUGCCCAAGCCAGCACCGCGGUAGAAGGAAAGGCCGAGAAUGAGGAGGAGAUGGACCCGCUCGACGCCUUCAUGGCCGAGAUCCAGGAGGAGAUCCGUGCGCCGCCCCCGCCGCCCAAGCCCGAGGCGCUUCGCCGCACGGAUUCCGACGAUGACGAGGAUGACCCCGUCGAGAGCUUCCUGCGGGCCAAGAAGGACGCUGGCCUCACGCUGGCCGCCGACGUCAUGCGCGCUGGUUACGACUCCGAUGAGGAGGUCUACGCCGCUGCCAAGGCCGUCGACGCCGGCAUGAUGGAAUACGACUCUGAUGACAACCCCAUAGUCAUCGACAAGAAGAAAAUAGAGCCCAUACCAGCACUCGAUCACUCGACCAUUGAGUAUGACGCCUUCACAAAAGAUUUCUACGAGGAGAAGCCAUCGAUUUCAGGUAUGAGUGACCAAGAGGUAACAGAUUAUAUGAAAAGUUUGUCAAUUCGUGUUUCUGGUUUUGAUGUGCCGAGGCCAAUAAAAAACUUUGAGGAUUGUGGGUUUCAUGUACCUCUAAUGAAUGCUAUUGCCAAACAAGCUUAUGAAAAACCAACUACAAUUCAGUGCCAGGCUUUACCUAUUGUACUUUCAGGGAGAGAUAUCAUUGGUAUUGCAAAAACUGGCUCUGGUAAAACUGCAGCUUUUGUGCUCCCUAUGAUUGUUCAUAUUAUGGAUCAGCCUGAGCUUGAGAAAGAAGAAGGUCCAAUAGGAGUCAUUUGUGCUCCAACAAGAGAAUUGGCACAUCAGAUAUAUCUCGAAGCUAAGAAGUUUGCAAAGCCUUACAACCUUCGAGUUGCUGCUAUAUAUGGUGGUGUUUCCAAAUUUGACCAGUUUAAAGAACUGAAAGCAGGUUGUGAAAUAGUCAUUGCAACUCCAGGGAGAUUAAUAGACUUGCUGAAGAUGAAGGCAUUGAAGAUGUUCAGGGCAACUUAUCUGGUUCUUGAUGAAGCUGAUCGAAUGUUCGAUCUUGGAUUUGAGCCACAAAUACGAUCCAUUGUUGGUCAAAUUAGACCAGAUCGACAAACUUUACUUUUUUCUGCAACAAUGCCAUACAAAGUAGAGCGUUUGGCAAGAGAAAUAUUAACUGAUCCUAUUAGAGUUACAGUUGGUCAAGUUGGCGGUGCUAAUGAAGACAUUAAACAAGUUGUUAAUGUACUCCCUUCUGAUGUUGAGAAAAUGCCUUGGCUUUUGGGGAAAUUGCCUGGAAUGAUUGAUGAUGGAGAUGUUCUUGUAUUUGCAUCUAAAAAGGCUAGAGUGGACGAGAUAGAGAAAGAGUUGAAUCAGAGAGGAUUCAGAAUUGCUGCGCUUCAUGGCGACAAGGAUCAAGCUUCUCGUAUGGAGACCCUGCAGAAGUUCAAAUCUGGGACAUUUCAUGUUCUGGUUGCAACUGAUGUUGCUGCACGAGGUCUUGACAUCAAAUCGAUUAAAACAGUUGUCAACUUUGAUAUUGCAAAAGAGAUGGAUAUGCAUAUUCACCGAAUUGGAAGAACUGGUCGUGCUGGCGAUAAAGAUGGCACUGCAUAUACUCUGAUUACACAGAAGGAGGCACAUUUUGCUGGUGAACUGGUUCACAGUUUGAUUGCUGCUGGCCAGGAUGUACCCAAUGAACUCAUGGAUCUGGCUAUGAAGGAUGGAAGAUUCAGAGCAAAACGAGACUCCAGGAAAGGUGGGAAGAAAGGUGGCAAAGGAAAAGGUGGUGUUGGCGGUGCUGGGCGCGGGCGCGGUGUGCGUGGAGUUGAUUUUGGCCUCGGCAUAGGUUACAAUGCCGAAUCUGGUUCACAAGUGCCUGCUGCAAGAUCUGCUGCUGUAAAUUCUCUGAAGACAGGGAUGUUGCAACGAUUUAAGAGCAGCUUUGUCUCUGGAUCUUCAAAUACACCAAGCAGCAGUGCACCUUCCUUUGUAAGACCAGCACUCCGUGGCUUUGUGUCUGGCGGCACCAUUGGAGGAGACACACGGCCUGCACAGGCAGCCCCCACUUUCAUCCCUGCAUCCCGGCCUGCACAGCCUGCCCCCGCGGUCCCUGCAUCCCAGCCUGCAGGAAAUAACAACGAAAAUGGGAACCCGAAUCCAGAAAGUUCACGGGAUCAGUUCAGGGAGAGAAAACGACCAUCAGGUUGGGAUCGCUAGUCCCUGCUAACUGGUAUGCCCAAUUGUGAUUCCUUCCCCGCUUUGUUAUAUUGAUGUAGUCUCUUGGGAGACAUCCUAUAAAAAAGCACUGUAGAUUACAUGAUGUCAGGUAAGUGUUGUUUUAGUUAGUUUGGCCUUUAUUCUUUAUCCUUCAACUACUGUUGUAUCUGGCCGUUGUUUCACAUUUUUCAUCAGAGCAAAAUUUACCAUUUGUAUUCGAAGUUGGCACCGAGGCCUCCUUUGGUUCAUAGAAAAAACAGAGGAAAAACUUAGUUCAUGCUUUUAGUUCAUAGAAAUGGAGUAUGUGAAUAGUGUAUGAAGUUUUCCAGUGUAGCACUAGUGUUUGAUGGGAUCCUGAGAGAUAGGGAAGGCCAGAGUUGACAUGAAAAUGAAGACAUCCAGAUAGUUGACAUGAAAAUGAAGUUCUCCAGAGGCAUCAUGGAUCCUGGUAAGAGAAGUAGGAAAAGUUGACGUUGACAUGAGAAGAUGCAAUAUAAGCAGACUUGAAAAGAUGAAAUAUACAAAACAUUCUUCAAAGUCACUAUGUGACAUCUCUAUAUGUGAUUAAAAUUCA